AUGCUAUUUGUCCGGGAUACGGCCAUUUACUCGGACACGGCAGCAGCAGGUGCCAACUUGGAAGAUCUGCAGCGAAAGCAUCCUUUCAAUGGGCCAGGUAAACCAAGUGAUAUCGCUAAGAUUGCGGUUGUCUUAGCGAGUGAUGAUGCCAGCUGGGUGACUGGGGUAUCUUGGCUUGUGGAUGGAGGAUAUACUGCGCGUUAA